CCUUCCUCCCGCAGUUGUUUCUUCCCCAUCAGACAUGGCUGGUAUCCCGGUGAAGACCUGCUUGCUGGGGGCCUUCACUCUCACUCUCCUCCAGACAGGGGCAGCAGUGACUCAGUGUGACAAUGUGGUGAUCGUCAACGAAUGGCAGACCGGAUACCAGGCAAACUUUGUUGAUAAAGCUCCUGUGGAUAUUAAGCCUGACAAUGGUGGCCUAACUAUGCAGUGGACUUUCAGCGCCCCCGUAACUUUCCUGGAGUUUUUCCAGGGACCGACGGUCCAGGUAGAUGAACGACACUUUACCCUCACCAGCCAAACUGUGAAUUUGCACGAAGACGAUGACUUUAUUUUCACCUUCCUGGUUCACUUCGCUGGAGAUAAAGCGAUUCUCGUUAGUGAGACGUUGAACGGCAUCCCCAUCUGCAAUGCCACGGGUACCACACCUGUGCCUGUGGUCACCACAACUGAGCCCGUUGUCAUUACAACUGAGGCAGUGAUCACUACAACUGAGGCCGUGAUCAGUACAACUGAGGCAGUGAUCACUACAACUGAGUCUGUGGUCACUACAACUGAGCCCGUGAUCACUACAACUGAGUCUGUGGUCACCACAUCUGAGACCGUGAUCACUACAACUGAGCCCGUGAUCACUACAACUGAGCCCGUGGUCACUACAACUGAGCCCGUGUACACGACGCUGACGCCGGAGGAUAACCCCUGUGAAGCAACUGGUAUGAAGCCGUACGACUACAGUCAGGUGCUAUGCAUGUCGUACUUGUUCUACGAGGCCCAGCGGUCAGGUCCUCUGCCUUCCGAUAUGCGCAUCACCUGGCGCGGCAACUCUGGUCUUGACGAUGGCUCUGACAACAACGUAAACCUUACUGGCGGCUACUACGCUUCUGGUGACCACGUCAAGGUCGGGUUUCCAAUGGCUUACACGGCCACUGUACUGGCUUGGGGACUCAUAGAUUUCGCUGACGGCAUUAAGGCUGCAGGUCAGACGGAGUACGCUGAGGCAGCGCUCAAGUGGGCCACCGACUACUUCCUCAAGGCUCACACUGACGAAUACCAAAUCUGGGGUCAGGUGGGCUCCAGCGAAAUUGACCAUGCAGCCUGGGUACGACCUGAGGACAUGACCAUGGAGCGACCUUCCUUUGUAAUUGAUGAGGAUCACCCAGGAACUGAGUUGGCCGCUGAGACAGCCGCUGCCUUGGCUGCAGCAUCCAUGGUCUUCUGGAGAGACCAUACAGCUUAUGCUGCAAAUCUUCUGGACGUGGGUAUGCAACUCUACUACUUAGCCAACACUUACCGUCAGAGCUACGACAUCUCUAUCCCGGAUGCUAAAAAUACCUACCCCUCGGUUACGGGGUACGGUGACGAGCUUUGCUGGGCCGCGCUAUGGUUGGCUCGAGCCACACGUGAUCCCAGCUACAUCACUAGCGCCCGAGACCAUUGGGACGAGUUCAACUUCUUAAAUGAUAGUCAUACCGAAUUCUCCUGGGAUGACAAGAGGCCAGGAAUAUAUUCACUCUUCUGGUUGCUGGAUAACUCCAACGUGUAUUCUGACGCCCUCAAGAGUUAUUUGGACUGGCUGAAGAACGAAGCACCGUACACCCCGGAGGGUCUUGUUUUCCUUGGCGACAAGGGUUCCAACGGUUACGCUGCCAACGCCGCCUUCAUCUCCCUCUUUACGGCCAAGAAUGGUAUGGACACAGAAGCUAACCACAAGUGGGCAAGGGAACAGAUCGGUCAACUGUUGGGCGACAACUCCCGUUACAGCAGGUCAUUCGUGGUGGGCUACGGCAAGGACCCCCCUCAGAGGGUCCAUCAUCGUGGCAGGUUCCCCCCAGCAGUUAAAAGAUCUCGACAUCUUUUGAACUCCCCUCUCGAGAGAGCCAGCCAGGGUUACCACCCCAUAAUUGUAACCCCUCCCGAGCACAAAGCUUCCUGCCUGCCUCCAGCACCAGAAGGCGCGUUCAACAGCCCCGACCCCAACCCAAACAUCAUCUACGGUGCUCUUGCUGGAGGACCAGCCGAGAACGGCGACUACGUUGACGAUCGCCAGGACAACGUUCACAACGAAGUGUCCUGCACUUACAACGCUGCCUUCAGCGGGGCUCUCGCCGCUCUCGUCGAGAUUAGUUAAGCUUCCCGACGUGUUUCUGGACCUCGUCUUAGGACUUGGCUAAUACGCCUUGCAUUUUUAUUAUAAAUUUCCCCCUUUCUUUUGGAUUUUUUCCUAUCAGAUUUUGACACAUUGGCAGUCGUAAUGAAGGCAGAAGUAAUGUAAUGCCUUUCUAACAUUUCUUACACGGCGUACACUACUGUACUGAAUACUGUAACUAGUUUUGGUUUAUCACUGGAAUUUUUUUCAACUUUUCCCACGAGUUUUGACUAAACGCACAUCACCAGUAAAAAUAAGGAAGACAUUGUUUCCCUGAACUACAUCUGCACAUUGGCAUAUUUUCAGGAUGAAUUCCUUAUAACAUAUACUUUUUUUCUAUAUGUUUCUCUGUAUAGAUGAUGGAUGGCCCAGUGUAUGUAUAUACUCUGUAUAUGAGCUAAGUCAAAUUUUGAAUAAAUAUAUCAUCAGUUUCUCACAA